CUGCGAGAGCUUAACAGCAACUACCCCUCCCGCCACCGCUACGCCAAAUCAACCGGCGCACAGAACAGCACCUACUCACAGCCCGUCAUCGUGAGAACGUAUUCCGGGUCUCAUAGCCGACCUACGAGUACGAACCGAAGCAACGGCAACGGCGGUCUUGGUUCGAGGACUGCCUCCUCCGUUGUGAGCGGUCCGGCGGCGUCUGUCAGGCGCAUCAUUGCUCUGCGCACCCCAUUCGGCGGCAGCAAGUCGGCUCAAAAUGGCGGCUUGAGCAGAGGGAUGGCGAAGAAGCGACUGGAAAGCCAGGAAGCCAUGGCCAAACUACCUCCCGUCGAGGCAUACAGCUUCAAAAGCAUGAUGGCCAACAUCGAGUCGCAGGAGGGAGAUAACAACAUCAAUGCCGACCUGGAUCGCAUUGCUGAAAUAUGUGCCCGGUCACGAUACUCUUUGAGUAACCAGUACGAAGUUCACGUUGCACCUCACGGCUCCGGCGCGUCCUUCAUCAGUCACGCUUCGUCUUCUCGGCGCCAGCGCAAUAAUGCCGGUCCUACUCUGGAGGCCGUGUCGGAUGAUGAUCGGAGACACAGGAAACGACGAAGCAAUGGCAGAAGGAGAAGCAUAGCCAUGGGGACACUUGAGACUAUCAUGUCGUCGAGUCGGUCAUCCGAAGAAGAUAAGUCAAAGAAGAAGUCAGCAGCUGAGAUUACAGCGGAGGUGCGAGGCAGAGCUGCCGCUCGUAAAUCCGGCAGCACGACACCCUCAUCUUCAGUCAGCGAAAGAGGAGGGCCGUCGAACCAGGAGCAAAAGAAAGAACCACCUCCUCUGGAGAGAAGAAAGUCAUCGUCCCUGGCUACCGCCAUGUUGGAGUCCACGCGGCAGAGCCUUGCCGCCAAUAACAACCAGUCUUCACCCCGAAGUUCCGCAAAUGCCCUGGUCAGCGAACUGGCCCUGCCGAAGACUUCGACGAGCCACCUGGAAGUUCGGACGGACGUGGAAGAGAACGCGGGGUAUCGCCAUGCCCGCAAGAGUUCAGACGAAAGACGCCAGACCGACGUCUCUAAGCCGCAACACCACGAAACUCCAGCUCAGCCUGAUCAGACGAAGCAGACUGGGAGCCUCUUGGCUGGACUUACUGGCUGGGUUCCUUGGAGACUGCCGCCCAUCGUAGGGCUUGGCUCGGCAUCCGCUCAGGGAGGCGUUCCGCGUAGCCACGCUGAAGGUAGUCUGCGAGACUUGCUGAAAACAACUGACGCCAAGAAUAAGGGAAAGUCUGUCGAGGCGUAG